CCUGUAUUACAGACUGCAUUUUAUACUGCUGUCUUCAGUAAGUAGAGUAACUAUACAUUAUCUACCCCAAACAAACCUUACACCCAUUCAUUAUAUAACAACCGCCCAAAUGGCACCAAUCAAGUUGUGGUACUCGUCCGGAGCAUGCUCGCUGGCACCUCACAUUCUCCUGAACGAGGCAGGCAUUGAAUUCGAGUCAGUGAAACUAGACGUCCAUGCUGGAUACCCCGAAGAAUUCCGCCACAUCAAUCCCAAGAUGAAAGUCCCGGUCCUAUUGAUUGAUGGCCAAACCAUCACAGAGAAUCCUGCCAUCAUGACGGCAAUAUCGCAGCUCGUCCCAGACAAGCACCUCCUAGGCAAAACCAAUCUGGAGAUUGUCCGGGCGUACGAAUGGAUGAACUGGAUCUCGGGCGUAGUUCAUGGUCAAGCUUUCGGUGGUCUCUUCAGACCUCAUCGAUAUUCGGACGAUACCACGACUUAUCCGUCUAUCAAAGCCAGGGCGAUCCUGACUGUUCAGGAGUGUUUUGCUACUAUCGACCAAGAUUUGUCCAGUGAGCAUGCUGUUGGCUCGGAUUUUACGGCUGUGGAUGCGUACUUGUACGUCUUUCAUCGCUGGGGGUCGUCGUUGGGGAUUGAUAUGAAGGGGAAGUAUCCUAAAUAUACUGGCUUGGUUGUCAAUUUGGCAAAGCGCGAGUCGGUGCAGGCUGCACUGAAGGCCGAAGGAAUAGAAUCUCAUGUCCCUCUGGCAUGAGUAGCAGAUGAUAUUACCUCUAGCAUGAGCGGAGAUGAUAUCUCUAUAGAUUGGUGUCCAUUAUAAUGCACAUCAAUUCCAUUACUAAGCAAAUGAAACAACACAACUAUCACUAAAGUCCAUCGCCCAAUGUCCGUCCACGGUACGAUAUUAAAAAUACGGCGACUUCGUGAUGCUGUAAAGCGAAUUAUAGUAGGGACAUCUCGCAUCGACAUGUGGCUCAUCAAUGAGCGUAAAGCCGGUUCCCCCAUCACAUCCAAAGCAAGCAAGACCAGCACCAUUCUCAUCAACCCUAUCCCAUCCUGGGCCCUCUCCCCAGGGAUCCUUAACGAAGCCCGCCCAGGCCUUCUGUAUCGUCUUACUCAGCCCCACUUCAACAAGAGUGGCAUUUUCUUUUGGGUAAGUUCCCCAGAUAAGCCCGAGAUCUGCGGUGUGGAACGAACCAAACUUAGGAUAGGUAUUGGGGUCAUCAUUCAGAUAGAUGUUUGGGAAGGAAAUAUUAUGGUAGUAUCUCCAGGCUGGGAGGCCGCUCUGGGCUGUGGCUUGAGCGACGAGCUUAGCUGGCUAUAAGUGACUCAAUUAGCUGGUGCUUCAAAGCGCUGGAACUGAUAUACUUACACACUGAUACACAAGCUCGGUGUAUGAUUGCGCUGCGGCAUAGAACAGAGAAAGACCAUCUGUAUCCAUAAUAGAAUGCACAAGAGAGCUGAACAAGCCGUUCAAUGCUGGGUCCCCUCCAGUCAUUGUGCUCAGAAGAUACAUCAUCUGCUCCUCCGUGAAGUUUGGAAUAUCCAGAUUGUAAGUACGGGCGAGCGUCGUCCCCUCCUGAGCCGAAGUUCCAAUAUACACCGGAACCUGCGCGGCAUUUCCAGCCGCCCGGUUGGCAAGAUAUGGCAGCUCAACCUGCGUCACUCCGUCGGUAACAGCAGUCUAGUCGAGAUCACCACUGGUCACUAUAUUGCGAAUAGCCAGGGCGUCAACACGCUGCAUGCAAGCUAGCUCCACUUUCGAUGAGGUGCCAUUGCAGCCCAGAACUGAGACCAACGCUGCCCAUGAUGCUGGGCCGGAGUCUCGUGGAAUGCCGCUGACUGUGGCUUGACCACUUGACGCUGACGCUGCUCGAAAUGGUGCGAUGAGGGGAGGACCAAAGGUGUCGACCAGCCGAUCGACUGAGGAUGCACCGGACGAUUCGCCUCCGAUGGUCACUUUCUUUGGAUCGCCGUUAAAUGCGUGGAUGUUCUUCUGCACCCAUUGAAGAGCCAGUCGCUGAUCGAGGAAGCCGGGGUUGGACUCGGUGAGAGGAAGGGCUGGAGAGCUUGGGAAGCCGAAUACUGCAGGGGUCGAGUUAAAAUGCAAGUCUGCAGAAUUGAUAUGAGGGUUGAUAUACCGUUUACUCGAUAAUUAAUAGUCACAACUACAAUAUUUUGGUUAGUAGCAAAGCUAGUGCCAUCAAACAUUGCUCUUCCAGAGUUCCCGUCUUGCAGGUUGCCUCCAUAAAUCCAGAACAACACAGGUAGCUUUUUUCCAGAGCACUCAGCAGGCGUGUAGACGUUUAGAAAGAGACAGUCUUCGCUCUCAUCGGAAACAACGGUCUCCGCUGCGGUAGGUUAGCUUAUCUAUCACUGGACGGCAGAAUGCUUAGGACAGACCUUCAUUUCGCUGAUGGCAAUGUUUCCCCCAUUGAUUUGCAUUGAAGGUGUGCUUUGCAAAGCGUUUGAGGGGUUUGGGAGGCAGAAAUCGCCUUGAACCCACAGGGGGUUCAGCGUAAGGGAUUCCGAGGAACUUGUUGACGGUUACCGUCGAGGACGGUAGAGAGGUAGUCACGCCGACAACAGUUCCAGCAUCGACAACAGCGG